AUGGCCCUCCUGCACACUCUGCUCCCCGCCCUGCGGGUGCUCACCUGCGGCCCUGAGGGCUCUCAGGGCUGUGCCCUGCCUCGGAGCCACGCGCUGGUGAGCAGGGAGCACUUCGCGCUUCUGAGCCACGUAAGGAGACUGUCCCCUUUCUUCUGUCUGCAGGACAGAAACGCCUUCAGAUUCCCGCGGGAGAUGGUGGAGAGCAGCCAGCUGCAGAAGGCCCAGGCUACGCCCGUCCUCCAGGAGCUGCUCCCGCCCACCUUCAACCUCUUCCUCACGGAGCACGCCUCGGCUGCCUGGAGCUCCCUGCUGGACCAGCUGCGUUCUGGCCUCCAUCGGCGGCUGCCAGACCUGGACACCUGUUUGCUGCGGGCUGUGGGACAGGAAGAUUGUGCCCUGGGAAUGGACCGCCCGACACUGGCCCUGAAGAGGUACUUCCGGGAAAUCUGUCUCCUGGAAGAGAAGAAGUACAGCGACUGCGCCUGGGAAAUUGUCAGAGCGGAAAUCAUGAGAUCCUUGUCUUCAUCCGCCAACUUCCAAGAUAGGUUAGGAAUUAGGGAAGGGACCUGGGGUCAUCUUGAAAUGACUCUCACGGACAAAUUUGCCAUAUCCCGCCCCGCACCUACGUCUGGUCACCACUGCAAGGGGCUCUCAUUUCUGCCUUAG